AUGGCGUUAAGUCUUUUGCCAGAUGACACACUAGGAGCAGCCGUCAUCGGGUUCUUCGUGUCUUGCGCGGUUUUUGGGAUAUUCACCACGCAGGUGUUCACCUACUUUCGACGAUACUUUGAGGAUAGGCUUAUCUACAAACUAUUGGUCGGAGGACUGUGGUCGAUCGAGCUUCUCGACCAGAUAUUUAUCGGAUAUUCACUGUAUUUCUACACCGUCACACAUUUCGGAGACCCGACAGUUCUACUGGGAGAUGUUAUUUGGACACUGGUCAUGCAACUUGUUCUCGGAUGCCUUGUCGGUACCAUUGUCAAAUGCUGCUUCGCCAUGCGAGUGUGGAGAUUUAGCAAGAGGAACAUCUACAUCACGGGCGGACUGGUUUUUCUGAUCCUCGGCCAGUUCGGAAUCGCCCUUGUAUAUUGCAUCAAAGGAUUUGAGUUCAGAAAGUUAACCAGCAUUCACAAGCUGCGGCUCAUCGCGAGUCUGUCGCUCGGCACGGGCGUGGUCACCGAUUUCACCAUUGCCGCCGCGCUGUGCUAUUUCCUGCGCAAGCUUAAGACAGGAUUUCGCAAGUCGGACACCCUCGUGAACACGCUGUCGAUUUAUGCCAUCAAUACGGGCGUGCUGACUGCCACGAUUUGUCUGGUGACGCUCAUCUUGUACAACACCCGCCCAGACACCUUCUACUUCAUGGCGCCCUACUUCACGCUGGGAAAACUCUACGCUAUCUCGUUUUUGGCGACGCUGAACACCCGAAAAGUUAUCCGUGGCCGGGGAACGGAUCGCGAAGGGUCUUCUACUGGCAACACCAGCGGCGCCCGGAACACCUUCUUCAUGGUUACGAACAGCGGACGGACGCCGCGAGUUCCCGAAUAUUAUUCCCAGCAGCAGAAGAGCAUGGAAGUGGGCGUGCACCAAGAAGUGUCUAUCAUCACAGAUGCCGAUGAAGUUGAUUCACCAAGGUCGCUCUCGCAGCCAAAAGUCCUUUCUCCAGUCUGA